AUGGUCACCGACCAUGCACCUAUCGAGACGCCCCCUCGAGCUCCGUCUCCAGUGCACGGCUUUGGCACCCUCGCGGUACAUGUAGGCUCCGACCAUGACCCUACCACUGGAGCUGUUAUCGCGCCCAUCUCGCUCAGUACAACCUUCGCGCAGAGCGCCGUAGGACAACCUAUUGGAGCCUUCGAGUACGCAAGGUCGUCCAAUCCGAAUCGAGAGAAUCUCGAGAAAUGCAUAGCAUCACUGGAAAAAGCGAAAUAUGCUCUGGCAUUUUCAUCUGGCUCUGCAACCACUGCGAUUAUCCUCCAGAGUCUUGCGGCGGGUAGCCAUGUCGUUUCGGUCUCAGAUGUGUAUGGUGGCACCCACCGAUACUUCACUCAGGUCGCGUCUGCACAUGGCGUGCGAGUGACGUUCACACCUUCCAUCGAAGUCGACAUCGAGGAACUCAUCAUGCCGGAAACAAAGCUCAUCUGGAUCGAAACACCAUCAAACCCCACAUUAUCACUAGUCGACAUUCGAGCAGUGGCGAACAUCGCUCACCGCUCGGGAAUCAUGGUCGUAGUCGACAACACCUUCCUCUCACCCUACAUCCAGAAUCCACUGGAGCAUGGUGCCGACCUGUGCGUUCACAGCGUCACGAAGUACAUCAAUGGCCAUAGUGACGUAAUCAUGGGCGCAACAGCUUUCAAUUCAGACGCACUGUACGAGCGCCUGAAGUUCUUGCAAAAUGCCAUCGGAGCAGUGCCUUCAGCCUUCGACUGCUGGCUUGCACAUCGUGGUGUCAAGACCUUACAUCUGCGCGCACGACAAGCCAGUCAGAAUGCUUCUAUGGUUGCUCACGCGCUGGAGGAGUCGAUCCAUGUCAUCGCGGUCAACUACCCGGGAUCCAACUCGCACAAGCAGCGGAAGAUCGCAAUCAAGCAGCACCGAGAUGGUUUGGGAGGUGGAAUGCUCUCCUUCCGCAUCAAGGGUGGGAAGCCAGCAGCGGAGCGCUUCUGCCAAGCAACGCAGAUCUUCACUCUGGCGGAGAGUUUAGGCGGAGUGGAGAGUCUGGUCGAGGUACCGGCUAGCAUGACGCAUAUGGGCAUUCCCAAGGAACAACGAGAGGCUGCUGGUGUCUUUGAUGAUCUAGUACGGCUGUCUUGUGGCGUGGAAGAUGGUGUCGAUCUGGUUGCAGAUAUCCGUCAAGCGCUGGAGAAGGUCGUGGUUGCCACCAAGGUCACGAAUGGGCUGGCUAAUGGUAAUGGGCAUCCCAUGAGCAAUGUCUAG